CGACUUCAAAGGAUUCUCGCAGGGAUCUUAGUUGUGUAACCAACGAAGGAACGAACCUGCCUUGUCCUCUCGAGUUACCCUCCGCAUCUUGUUGUGCGACAUCCCAUUGCCGUUAGGUAGCAAAGCCUUUGGCGGUGCUUGACCUCGAACCGACUUGGGUUUUUCUUCACCCGCGUCACAGUAAUGAAUCCGAUCUUCCCGAGAGGAUGAACUCCUCUGCAGCGUCUGCGCCGCCGUGGCCCCCGCGAAGGCCUUCCAAGAGAAGCAAACUGCGCAAUGGAAGCGUCAUCAUCCCUUCCACUGGCGAGCGCUCCCACCGCACCUUCACGCUCCGCCCGUCUGGCCUCUUCCCAUCAAGCCAACCCGAUGGCUCCGACACGCCGACCGCGGCCGCCUUCCUAUCGCGCCGAACCAUGGCCGACCGCAUACAUAGCGCGGCACAGAUUGCCCGCGAAAAAGGAGUCCAGGUGCUCCGCUGGCUCGACUCGCCCGCGGGCCACGGGGUGCUGAAGUGCACCGUCGCGUACACCCUGGGCAGUCUGGCGACCUUCUGGUCCCCACUCUCCGAUUUCCUGGGCAGGCUGGACGGCAAGCACGUGGUGGCCACCUUGACGGUUUACUUUCACCCGGCAAGGUCGGUGGGCUCCAUGAUCGAGGCAGUAUUGAUCGCGAUCGUGGCUGUCGCAUACGCCGCUCUGGUCUCUAUCCUCUCCAUGUGUACCUCCGUUCUGUUCGGCGCCGUUCUCGACAUGGUCCCACUUGCGCAUGGCCUGGUCUUGGUCGUCUUCAUAGGGGGCGGCUUCGGCUUCAUGGGAUGGGUCAAGCAAAGGAUGGGCAACCCGCUGGUCGAUGUCGGCAGCACGCUCGCUUCUCUGGCCAUCAUUGGCGUUGUUACCAAGGAGACGGCCGUCCUUACCAGCGUCUUUUCGAACCAAAAGAUUGUGCAGAUACUCAAAAUGCUUGUCAUGGGCGUCACCAUCACUACGUUUGUCAACCUUCUGCUCUGGCGAACGUCGGCCAUAUCCGCCUUGCGCGAGUCCAUGACCAAGGCGUCCGUUUCACUCGGCGACAUGCUCGCCAUGAUCACCCGCAGUUUUCUUAGCGGAUCCGAGGAGGACUUGAAGUCGCCCGAAUUUGGAGCAGCUUCCGCUGCAUACUCGUCCGUCUAUCCUCAGAUGGCGAAGAAUCUCCGUGAGGCAAAGUUCGAGCGCUACUUUCUGGGCCACGAGAAAAUCUACCAGCUCGACAGAGCGGUAGUAAGAUCGAUGGAGACUUUGGCCCAGUCUAUCGGUGGGUUGCGGAGCGCAGCGAAUUCGCAAUUUGCCCUUCUCAAGGAACCCAUCGCUACGUUGCCGCGCGUGAUGUCCCCUUCUCCCCAGGUUACCUCGCCAAUUAGCUCGCCGAAUCUACAUAAAACGAUUUCCAGCACAAUGAGAAGUGGGCGAGAAAGGUUUCUGGCGCUAUCAUCAAUCGAGGAAGCGUCCGAGGAAGGCCACGAAGACGAGAGGCAGCCAAGCGAAGAGAGACCUCAGUCCGAUACCGCCGCCGCAGGGCAACCACCAUUCAGGCACCCCUCAGAGAUCUUCGAGCUCUUCAUUGAGUUGCUAGGGCCCUCGAUGAAGUCCCUGGCCUACACGCUCUCCGAGGUCCUCCGAGAUCCGCCGUUCGGUGCGGCCCCUGACUAUGUAAUCACCGUCAACGACCAUUUCCGUCAAAGUCUUACCGAUGCUUUGUCGCUCUUCAACGAGGCGAGGACCCAUGCUCUCCAGGAGCUGUAUAGGACACUCGAGUUAGAUCGCACGAGGUCCGAAAGCGGGCAGGCCGACUUUGAAGAGGUCGCGGCCGCCUGCGGUCACUUCGCUUUCAGUCUGCAGACCUUUGGAGAGGAAAUGCAGAAGUAUCUAGACGUCCUGGACGAUUUGAAAUUUGCCAACGAGCAUAGGAAACGCAGUUGGCACUGGUUGGAGUGGUGGAGAAGAGGGCAACAGCAGGGUCGAAAGGCGUUGGCCCUGCCCUACGACAACGCGGAGCGCGAUCCCCUGAUUAAGCCGAUCAAGAAGAGCCAGAUGCCGAAGGGGAUAGCCGACCCGUUGAUCAGGCGUAGAGAUACAUACAACUGGGAAGCGGCUCCGGAGGCAAAGCACAAGGUGGUCGCGACGGUAUCCCAGAAAAUCCUCCAGGCAGCGAGGAAGCUGGCCCGGGAUGACAUCCGAUUCGGCUUGAAAGUCGGCGUGGGCGCAACGCUCUGGGCCUCGUUCGCCUUCUUCCCCCGAACCCACGAUCUCUACCGGCACUGGAGAGGCGAAUGGGGUCUCUUGUCGUUCAUGAUCGUCUGUUCCAUGACAGUCGGCGCGGCCAACACGACGGGUUGGGCAAGAUUCGUGGGAACGGUGGUCGGCAUCGCGGCAGCGGGCCUGAAUUGGAACCUGUCGCAGCACAGUGCCCUCGGUCUCAUCCCUCUCGGCUCGCUGGUGGCGUUCUGGAGCUUUUACGUGGUGAUAGUCAAAAAGAAGGCGCCGCUGGGCCGGAUCACGCUGCUGGCUUACAACGUCUCGACGCUGUACGCAUACAGCCUCUCACAGAUGGUCGACGACGACGACGAUGACGAAGGCGGCGUGAACCCCAUCAUCUGGGAGAUCCUCCUCCACCGCUUCAUGGCCGUGACGGCCGGCAUCCUCUGGGGGCUUAUCGUCUGCCGACUAAUCUGGCCCAUCUCGGCACGCAAGAAGUUCAAGGAGGGGCUUAGCAUGCUGUUCCUACAGAUGGGCCUCAUCUGGAAGCGCGGCCCGCUGGCGAUCCUCCUGCGCAGCGACUGCACGCGGUCGUACCUCCGCUCGGGCGAGCAGGCGGCGCUGCAGAAGUACGCCGCGCGCCUCGACGCGCUCCGCGUCAGCGCGGCGUCCGAGUUCGAGCUCCGCGGGCCGUUCCCGUCGGAACAGAGCCGCCGGCUCAUGAGCUGCGCGCACCGCCUGCUGGACGCCUUCUACGCCAUGUCGCUCGUCACGCAGCGCCGGGGCAACCUGACGGAGGGCGAGCGCGCGCUGCUGCUGUGCACGGCCGACGAGCGCGCCCUGCUGUGCGACCGCAUCUGCCACGUCUUCCAGGUCCUGGCCUCCUCGCUCAUGCUGGAGUACCCCCUGACGGACGCGCUCCCGGGCGUGGCGAGCACGCGGGACAGGCUGCUGGGGAAGAUCUUCCAGUUCCGCAAGGUGCACCAGCAGCACGAUGGUGGGGCGGAGGCGGGUGCGAGCGGCGCCGCGGCGGCGGCGGACUACCUGGGUGCCGGCGCGCUGACGCGUGUCAACGUCGAGGAACGCGACUAUGCGCUGCUCUACGCGUACGCGCUGGUCACGGGGCAGGUGGCCGAGGAGUUGAAGGUGGUUGCCAAGGAGAUUGAGGGGUUGUUUGGCGUGCUGGAUGAAGAAACGCUGCUGUUGCAAUGAUCUAUGGGCUGGGCGAGGGAACACUACUGUUACAAUGGCGUAGGGACUGCAUGGCGGAUUGGUUAUGGUUUGGGAGUUGGACGGCGACUGGAAACUUGGGACACUCGAGCGUGUGGCAGGUUUGUGCUUUUUUAUCAGCGACCGGGUUUGGAACAGGCAAAAGAAUAAGGCAAAUCUCAAGCGUUUUAUGUCACAACACAUACCUCGUAGAUACCUACAUUCCAUGAAUGGCGUCGAUUUCCCACUCAGCCCACAGGGGCUAGGCGGGUUGCACAUUUACUACGCAGCAGUUUUGGACGCCGCUCUCAAGUUCUCUCGACCAAACAAGCAACGAUCUCCCCCGAACAUAGUCGACCCCAACACCCCGAAGCCGGCCACCUACCUCAGCGUGGAGAAAAGCCCGUGGCGAUGCAUGCCCUGCAUCAGCCAGUGACGCAUGGUAGCCGACUGCAGACUCAUAGCAGAUCCGACAGUGGCAUAGCUUGCAAAGAUGGGGUGAAGUCACAAUAUGCCAACACUUCCUUUCAGUUAGAAGGGGUUGGGAAUUAAGAAAACAAGAUGGAACUUGAAUGCUUUGCUCGUCAGGUGUUGUUGGCGGCUCAUCAUUGAUGUUUUCCGGCCCCUGCCACAGGUAGGGUGGAUGAUCCCUUCAAAGUCCUUAUCCUUGCAAGCUACCAGGUAGUUAGACAGAAUACGGAGCACUCCGUACCAUCACCGGUUCUCUCGUUCGCCCUCGGGCACUUACUUAGUGUGGAUGGCUGUUGGCGUGGAUCUCGGGUCUUGCGACCAGAGCUUCA